AUGAAAGUGUUCAUUAAAUCACCAUCUGACCAUUCUCAUGUACCUGAUCCAGAUCGAUUUCCCAUUAUUCGACUUAAAAAUGAACCUAAAAUUCGUGGUGCAUCGUCGGAUGAAGAAGCUAGUACCAUAUUAUUUAAUGUGUUACGUACGAUUCCAUUGACUAGCAUUCCUAGUCUACCGACAAAUGACACAUUAUUGCAAACAAUUCGUCGUGAAUGUCCAGCAAUGCAACUUUAUUAUUAUGAUUGUUUACCUCUGUUGUUACGACAAACUGAUCAAGGCGAAGAUUUCGUCUUGCUUGACGAUGAUUCAAUAGAUAUAUUUACAUGUGACAGAAAUCUAUUAGCUUUAAAGGAAUGUAAACACUGGUUUAUGGAUAGGACUUUUAGUGCAAGCAUUUGUCCAAAAAGUUAUCAUCAACCAUUUACGGUUCAUGAAAUGUAUUCACUUCAAAUUAUUCCACUUGUAUAUGAUUUACUUAUUCGAAAAGAAAUAAAAGAUUAUAAUAAUUUUUUUCAACAGUUGUUGUUGCAUUAUGAAUAUGAACAUUAA